AUGGAGUUUCAGCUCUUGGAUCAGUCGCAGGUGGAGUACCUCCGUCGUCGCGAUGAGGCUGCGAGUUUUAAGUGUAAGAGCAUGUUCGACUGCGACGGCGAUCGACGAGAGUUCGCGAGAGCGCAGAGCGAACGAUUAUACGCACGCGCUCGCACGCGAGAUCCGAACGAAGCGGAGGUGGAGAGAGAGUGCACGGUGGAAGAUCCGUGCACGGAUAACGUCCUUCGCGCGGCGAUGAGUGGGUUACAGGGGUUGACGACGAGCGAAAAGCUCGAGAAACUCGGCCGAUCUGAACUCAAGGAUGCGCCGAACUCGACCGCGAGAUACUUUGAUUUCUAA